AUGGGCGCCUUGCCAGGGGGAUGCGGCGGCGACGGCGGCGGCGACGGCGGCGAGGGCGGCGACGGAGGCGGCGAGGGCGGCGAAGGCGGAGGCGACGGCGACGGCGGCGGAGAGGGCGGUGGCGGCGGCGGUGUCGGUGGAGAAGGCAGGGACGGUGGCGACGGCGGCGACGGCGGCGACGGCGGCGGCGAGGGCGGCGAAGGCGGAGGCGGAAGCGACGGCGGCGGUGGUGACGGCGGCGGCGGUGGCGGCGGCGUGGGUGGCGAGGGGGGCGGAGAGGGUGGCGACGGAGGCGAGGGGGGCAACGGCGGCGGCAACGGCGGCGACGGCGGUGGCGGCGGCGACCUCGGCGGAGAGGGUGGUAAAGGCGGCGGCGAGGGCGGAGAGGGCAGGGAGGGCGGCGGCGGCGGCGAGGGCGGCGGAGAGGGUGGCGACGGCGGCGACGGCGGCGACGGAGGCGGCGACGGCGGCGAAGGCGGAGGCGACGGCGACGGCGGCGGAGAGGGCGGUGGCGGCGGUGGCGGCGGCGGCGGUGGCGACGGGGGCGGAGAGGGCGGCGACGGAGGCGAGGGUGGCAACGGCGGCGGCAGCGGCGGCGACGGCGGUGGCGGCGGCGACCUCGGCGGAGAGGGUGGUAAGGGCGGCGGCGAGGGCGGAGAGGGCGGCAAGGGCGGCGAGGGCGGCGAGGGCGGCGGCGGCGGCGGCGGCGGCGGCGGCGGCGGCGAGGGCGGCGGAGAGGGUGGCGACGGCGGCGACGGCGGCGACAGAGGCGGCGAGGGCGGCGAGGGCGGAGGCGACGGCGACGGCGGCGGGGAGGGCGGUGGCAGCGGUUGCGGCGGCGGCGGCGGCGCACUGCCGGGUGGAAAGGGCGGCGGCGGGCAGGCAGGAUUGAAGAGGCCAAAGUGA